AUGAGCGUUAGUUCAUUCGAAAUUUUACCUGAUGAUAUUCUUUAUGAAAUUUUUGGUUAUUUAUCUCCAGUUGAUGUUCUUCGAUCAUUUUUUUUAAUGACUAAACGUUUAUCAAGUAUAAUAAUAAAUGAAUAUUUAUGGCACAUUCAUAUUGGUGAUUCAACAAUGUCGUUAUUGAUGUUCAAUGAUCAUUGCCAAAAUGUCUUGAAAUUAAUAGGAAAUCGCGUUGUCUCAUUACGUCUAAUAUUAACCAAUACUAUUGGUGGAUGGUCACUCAUUUCAUCUUCUCUUCGGUAUCAUCAGACAACAUUACUUCAACGUCUACAUCUGAUCGAUAUUCAACCACAUGAAUUUGAUAAAUUACUGCGUAAUCAUUUAAUAAAACAAUUACAUACGUUAUUGGUUGAUGUGGCACCAUCUAAUUCGUUCAACUCUAUUCAAGUUGAAGGAGUUUAUCUAGUUAACGUGUGUUUACAACUGCCUCUUCUAAGAAUUUGUCGACUUCCAUUUAAUCAUGAUAAUGGGAAUGUCAAUCAAAUAAAAAACUAUUCAUUAGGGUAUCAAAUGAUUUUAUCAAAUUUAUUGAAUGCAAAUCAUCUUCGUACAUUGACUAUUGGUAUACACACAUCAUGCUUUCUCGAACGUUUACUAUUAUGUAUACCAUUUAUUGAGAAUCUUUCUCUUGGUAUACAAGAUCAAUAUAUUAAUGAAAAUGUUGCACAUGAGAUAAUCUCGUAA